ACUUCACUUUGACAAACAGCUCAAUGCUGUUGUUUUAUUGUACAAAACAGAGUUACAAGUAAGCCAAGCACUUCACAAAGGAUGUGUUGUCAUGUCAGACAAACCAGUGUCCGCUCAGUAGUUUGUAGCGGUUAGUCUGUAGUUAUUUAGCUGCUUGUAAUGACGAUGUGCACACACAGCUAACAUCAGAAAUGUAAACAUAAUACACUGAUUGUCUUUUAACUAAAACUACAUCAAUGUUUGACUUUUCUAUCGUUAUCACCAAAGUGACACCAAAAAGUUACUGAAUUGUGAAGUUUAUUAGAAAUCAGACAUUAAACAAACAAACAAAAAGAUAAUAGCUGUGUGAUGUGACCACCAGAGGUUGUUAUUGUGUGUGUGUGUAUGUGUGCGUGUGUGCGUUGUUAGGUCAUAUGCUUAUGUUAGUGUAUGCAUGCAUGUGCAGUUAUGCCUUCACGUGUGUAUGUGUGUGUGUGUGUGUGUGUGUAUGUGUGUGUGCGUGUUAGCCAUUGUUGUACAUGGUGAUGUACCCCCAUGGCUGUACAUGCAUGUGUUCUUUGCCGUAGGCUUCCCAAAGGAGCGUGCCUUGGGCACUCUUGUUCCCAGGUGAACCCACCAAAAAACACGAUGUCCUGUAAUAAAGGGGAUUCCCGACAGUCAAACAAAGAAAAUCACUUGCAAGGAGCAGAGGCCAUGGUGCUUGAGAGUGUGAUGUUUGCGAUCUUGGCGGAGAGGGAGUUGGGACCUAAACUCUACGGUAUCUUCCCUCAAGGCCGACUGGAGCAGUACGUUCCAAGCCGUAAACUGGACACCUGUGAGUUAAGCGACCCCAGUAUCUCAGCGGAGGUUGCAGAGAAGAUGGCCAAGUUUCAUGCAAUGAGGAUGCCUUUCAACAAGGAACCCAAGUGGCUGUUUGGUACCAUGGACAAGUACCUGAGACAAGUCAUGAAGCUCAACUUCACCAGAGAGUCUCACCUGCGUCGCUUCAACCGCCUGCUCAGCUACAACCUGCCUCAGGAGAUGGAUAUGCUCAAGUCUCUGCUGGACUCCACCCAUGCUCCUGUGGUGUUCUGCCACAACGAUUGCCAGGAAGGGAACAUCUUGCUUCUGAAGGGCCGCCAGAGCUCAGAUAAACAGAAGCUGAUGCUCAUCGAUUUUGAGUACAGCAGCUAUAACUACAGGGGAUUUGAUCUCGGCAACCAUUUUUGCGAAUGGAUGUACGACUACAACUGUGACGAGUUUCCUUUCUUCAAAGUGAACGCUCAGGCCUACCCUUCAAAGGCCCAGCAGCUCCACUUCAUUGAAAACUACCUGAGUGAGUCCGACCAAGGGUUCGACAACCUGAGCGAAGAGGACCAAAUGAAACUUAAGGAGGAGCUGUAUGUGGAGGUGAACAGGUUUGCUCUGGCAUCCCACUUCUUUUGGGGUCUGUGGUCCAUCAUUCAGGCCCGGCUCUCUACCAUCAAGUUUGGAUACCUGGAGUACGCCAUGGCCAGAUUUGAAGCCUACUUCCAGCAGAAGAAGAUCUGGGCUGUCUAAUGGAAUGAGAUGAUUGGAUAGAUUGACAACAUGUUAAGCCAAACGGCAGGGGGAGGAACGUAGCUGAUAAAGAUUCCACGAUACAUGCUUUACUUACACUCCCUGCCUUGAGAGUAUUUGCUGGCUGCUGUUGGUGAUGCGUUGACCAAAGCCAAAACUUGAUCACAUGGCUAGGUGCUUAAAGUUCACCCCUAAAUCCAUUGCAGCUCAAAAUUUACACUGCGUUACUCCAUGAGAGCCAAAAAAAAAGAAAACAUCAACUUGUACUAACCUUCAUCACUGGUGAGAACUGCUCUCUGCUUCUGCCUUGUUUGAACCAUACCACUAACACGAGGGUUACGUUUGGAGCUGGAGAAAGGUGGAUUUCGGUUACAGCUAGGUUGGAAAUGUUAACAUUGCAUCAAUGUAUAUGGAUUGAUCAUUCCUUUAUGGAAGUGCUCUGUGGGAAAGAACCAAAAUGUGAACUUCUCUUGGUAGGUUCCUGCGUACUUAAGCAGCCAGCUGCUAACUAUGUAUAUUAUAUAUAGAUCUCAAUGUGCCAGUAACCUGGCCCUAUCUGUUACUGAUGGGCUGGCUUGUUGGCUGGUGGAAUCUUGACUUGAUCAACAGGUCAAAUCGAUGUCUACACUUCUAGAUAUUACACACUUGGUAUUUGUUCUAUUUUCCUUUUUUAAGCAGCUGUAUUUAAUAUUGCCAGGGCAUCCAAUUUUGUUGUAUUUACAUGUAUGUAAACAGUUGAGGCUCCUUUUUCUGUGUUAAACUCCGCCAAAUCAAAAUCAAAGUUAACAUACUUCAGGUAUUCCCUUUACAGAUUUGCCUGGCUUCCUUGUUAACAAAGCCCUUACAUUGAUGAGCUUUUCGUAGGCGUCUGUACUGACAGAGGUGUGAUAGGUUUAUGAUAUUAAUAUGGGUCACUGGGACAAGUAAAUUCACACCUUUGUAUAAUUUAUCCAUUGGAUAUUUUCAAAGAGACAUUCCAGUUAUACUCUAUGAACCUGAGAAACAGUUGCUAAAUUCCUCAAUAUAGUAACUAGGUAGCUACAGUGAAUGACCAUAAUUUUGCAUUGAAGAAAACUUUAUACAGUACAUUUGUGAUUCCUUAUUGUGGUUAUGGAUUCUAUGAUGACGUCACUGUUUUUCUGGCACAAGUGCCUCCUGCUGGGUUGCCUCAUCAUGGUACCCAUAAUCCAGAAUAACGGCAGAGGCAGACAGACCAUACAACACAGCUGAAUUUUGCACACAUUACUUUAAAUAGGUUGCAGCUGCAACUGUGUAGCAACUCUGUAAAAAGGGCAUUUGGUAAAAUGUUGCUUUAACCAUAUCUAUCAGUGACAAAGAGCACUCUUUGCUGCUGAGAACUGAGUCAUUGGUGUUAAUCAUUUUGUCAACCUCCCCCAAACAAACACUGGCUCAUAAAAUGGUCUUCUGUAGCAGAAUAGUCUUACUUAAUGCACAUUAACAAAGGAAUUCAGUACUGAGAUAGAGAGACACUGUGCUUUGUGUGCGCCAGGCUUACCUCAUAGGUUCUGCUUUCAGGCUCUCUCAUACACAGUGGGAUAAUUGUUCAAAAUUGUUUAAAAUGAGAAAUGGUGAGAGUGAAAACUGACUAAUCUGUCCUGCUCAUCCAAACAUCCUGAGACCAGCUCAAUUCUACCUCACCAGAGCAAGUUAUAACAUGUGCACCAAACUCUCAAGAACUAUACUAUUACACCCAGAUACACCAAUUUAUCAUCUGCUGCUAGGACAGCCUUAAUUUUGCCUUUAAAGGAGAUAUCGCUAUGUUUAAUUUGAGUGCAUUUUUUUGUGUGGCACUUGUCACAGUUGUUGAAAAUCAGCUUUUUUUGUCUUGUUAGCAUUUCUUUUUUCUCUAAUUGGUACACCUGACCCUGGGCUUGUCACUACAGUAGCAAUGGCUAUUAGACUCAUUUAGAAAUGCUAACAAUGGCAGCAGAGCUUUCCAUGAUUGAUGUCAACUGUCUGGACUUUUUUUAUAUUUAUAGUAUUUGGAGGGUACAAUACCCAGUAGAGAACAUCCAGACUAAAACUGACCUUUUGCUAAGUCUCAACCCAUUCGUCACUUUUACUCAAUCGACGACUUCUACAUCAAGCUUUCCAUUCUCACACACAUAUUCAGUUUACAAUAGUACGACUGAUCUAUCACUUAUAAAUUCUUAAUUCUUUGCUGUGUCAGACUUUUUAAAAAAAAAGUUUCCAGCUAACUCCAGAAUUCCAUAAAACACAUCAUGCAUCCUAAGCUACAGACUGUUGGGCUAGCUAAAAUACUUGUUUGCAUUUUUUUCAUUUUUACAGAGAAAAAGCUUUUAUGAUAAGGACCAGCCAGUGUGUUUGGAAAACCUAACCACGAUAUGUGUUGCUGGUAUUAAGUUAGCCAAGUCCAACAAAGGGCGGGACAGAACUGCUACCUUUAGCCUAAAUUCUAAUGGUAUCCAGGACAUGCUUUCAGACAGUGGGAAUCAUGAACGGGGCUUUUUUUUAAAAAUAGAAUCUGUAAAUCCUUAACAUACACUUGUGAUUGUGGUUUUAGAAAAGGCAAAAACAUCACUUGAACAUGAAGAAGUCCAAAACUUGACAAACCCGCUGGUCCUAGCUAUAAUUGGUUGCUAAGCUAUUAUUGGACAAUGGGGAUUUAGCAAAUGGUCAAUUCAAAAGGUCUAUGGUCUUGCUCGACAUUUAGUUUACUUAUCAUACAAUACUGGUUAGAAACACUUUAUUUCACACUUAUUUGCCAUAAAAUGUAUGAUUCAUUGUUGAAAUGCUGUGAAAAGAUACAAAAGUAAAUGCAGCUGUGUGACUGCUAAUACAAAUGAAAGCUGUGCAAUUACUUCAGAAGUUGACAUGCAUAUUCAUGUUUAUUCCAGUUUAGUUGUAGCACGUAAUACAACAGGGUAUAUAUUCCCUGUGUGCUUGUGAGCCACUGGGUUUUAACAUGGAAACUACCAAAAUGACUGAUUUUGUGACGUGUACAGUAGGCAUUACCUAAUACUUCUUGCGAUAAUGGCUACACAGUCAUCUAUAGUGUACACAAACAGAACGAACUGAUCCGGAUCACAAAACUUAACAAAUGACUGCACCAGUCACCUGAUACUGGGACCAUCCAGAGGUAUUUGAAUGUCUACUGUGGCACUUUUUGAUCCUAAGGACCGAAAAAAAAACGAAAUAUACUUGAGUAUUUUCAUGUUUAAACAUUUGGGGGUUGUUGAUGAAUUUAUGUUGUUGAAAUGUUAGUUUCACUUUACAUGCAAGUGUAUUUUUGUAUAUUUCAAUGUUAUGUUUCAUUUGGAAUGUGCUUAAUGUAUAGUUUUAUCUUUAUUUGAAAUGAGGGAUGCACCAGCAGAAUGUCCAGUGGAUUCAACUGAACUAUUAUAAAAAUGUAGUGUUACUGGUACAUCCUUCAUCUUUAUUUUAGUACCUGUUAUUUUCACAUGGGCAAGCAUUUUUAUCCUCUUUCUACCUAACCUGACUUUGUUUUUUC